GCGCAGGAUCUGUUCUGUUAGAAAACAGGGGCAACUGGCUCUUUUGCCUGUUGGAGGGUAUGACUUGCCAAGCGUUUGCUUCAUCUGACACCUUUGUACCCUUGAAUUCUGACUCUUCUCCCUCUCUGCCUCUGAUAAUGCAUCACAGCGCCGCAGAGUGCCUGCCGGUUUCUAACCAUGCCACCAAUGUUGUGUCUACAGGCCUUCAUUACUCUGUGCCUUCCUGUCAUUAUGGAAAUCAACCAUCUACCUACGGGGUGAUGGCAGGUAUCAAGCCUGCAACUCCAGAGAUGCUGUCAGCAAGCCUCUCCCAGAGUCGCAUCUUACAGACAUGCAGCAUGCCGCAUCCCAACGUGGUAAACGGUGUCAGCACCUUGCAAAGCAACCUGACCCCUUGCCUUUAUAAAUUCCCGGAGCAUGCCCUAAGCGCCAGCUCCUGUGCCCUGGGCCAUGGCUUCACGCCUAUGCACCAGUCCCUCCUCACAGAUGAUCCCACCGCCGCAGACUUCAAGCAGGAGUUCCGCAGAAAAAACAAGUCUGUCGAAGAGCCCGUUGACAUGGACUCCCCUGAAAUCAGAGAACUGGAGAAAUUUGCUAACGAAUUUAAGCUGCGGAGAAUUAAACUGGGUUAUACACAAACCAAUGUUGGAGAAGCACUGGCUGCUGUGCACGGCUCUGAAUUCAGCCAAACUACUAUUUGCCGGUUUGAAAACUUGCAGCUGAGUUUCAAGAACGCAUGCAAACUGAAAUCGAUACUGUCCAAAUGGCUGGAGGAAGCAGAACAAGUAGGAGCUUUAUACAAUGAAAAAGUUGGAGUGAAUGAGCGGAAGAGGAAGCGCAGAACCACUAUAAGUAUCGCUGCCAAAGAAGCCCUAGAGAGGCACUUUGGAGAACAAAGUAAGCCUUCUUCUCAGGAAAUUAUGAGGAUGGCUGAGGGGCUCAAUCUUGAGAAAGAAGUUGUGAGAGUUUGGUUUUGCAACAGAAGACAAAGGGAAAAAAGAGUGAAGACGAGUUUACAUCAGAACGCCUUUAGUUCAAUUAUCAAGGAGCACCAUGAAUGCCGGUAAAGCUUUUCCAUGUAUAGAUGUGGAUUUCUGUUUUGCUUUUUGUAAAUAUUGUAAAUACUAUGUUGUUUUAAAAAAAAA